AUGAAACCCUAUAUAGGCAUACCUCUUGUGUUUGGGCUUGUCUAUAGAGCUUGGUCGCGCAAAUCCCUUACCCCGCUCGGCCUGGUUGUUGCGGGAUGUUCAGCCUCCGCACACGCCCUCCAUCCAUGGUCGGCACCAGUCGCGCUCCUUGCGGUAUUCUAUUUUGGCGGGACUAAGGUUACAAAGGUAAAACAUGAGAUCAAGUCGCGUUUGACACUCUCUGCAACCGGUGCGGAAGGCGGCGAAGGUGCCAGGAACCAUAUCCAAGUCCUAGCGAACUCCGUUGUCGCUACCAUAUUAUCGAUCGCUCAUGCAAUGGUCCUGGCCAGAACAACAGACACUGAAUCGUGUUUCUCACUCGGUCAAAAUGCGGCUGAUAUCUUGAUGGUCGGGAUUGUAGCAAACUACGCUGCUGUCGCUGCAGACACCUUCUCCUCCGAGCUCGGCAUUCUCUCGAAAUCUAAACCCCGCCUGAUUACCUCGUUGAAUCUCCGUGAAGUCCCUCCCGGUACAAAUGGUGGUGUUACUGCGACUGGCCUUGGGGCUGGUCUUCUGGGAUCAUUCAUUGUUUCCGCGACAUCUGCUGCAGUUCUUCCGUUCUGUGCAAGUGCUAGAUUGAAGGAUCGGGCUUUGUGGACCAUAGCUAUGACUAUUUGGGGUGCAUUGGGCAGUGUCCUUGACAGCGUUCUUGGUGGGCUUUUGCAGGCCAGUGUUGUUGAUAAGAGAAGCGGGAAGGUUGUAGAGGGGAGUGGUGGCAGGAAAGUCCUAAUUCACCCUUCCACAGGCAAACCGGUUAUUCCUGCUGAUAGCACUGCCAAAGCAACCGGCAGCAUACAUAACGCUGCAAUCCAUGGCACCCAGGUGACAAAGAUCGUUGAUGAAAGUCAGGAGAGUCGUCGUCUUGAAACUGGUCGUGACUGGUUGGAUAACAAUGGCGUCAAUCUCCUCAUGGCUGCGACUAUGAGUGUCGGGGCUAUGGGUAUUGCACAGUGGUUCUGGGGGUUGGAUGUCUUUGAGUUGCUGCAUAAUUUGGACGAACAGGGUACGCCUGCCAAGAUGGCAACUGAAGAAGAACGCGAAAUGCACGUGCGAGUGGCGGAGCCAAGUGUCUCUUUCCUACCCGAGACCGAAACAUCCAAGACCGUAACAUAUGACCUCCAUCACAGUGACUUGCUUCCUGUGUAUGACUACGUAUCCCGGGAAUAUCUGAUGACGGGCGUUGCCGUUGCCAAUUCGUACUGCACACGUCUUCUUCUUCGUUGCCCUGCUGACCCUCACAAAUUUUCCGGUCUUGUCAUCACGGAACCAUCUCACCUAUGGGGUGGAACAACCAUCUGGCGUCUCAUUAAUCGGUGGCUGAUGCGUAACGGACAUGCCUGGCUGGAAGUUGAUUCGCAGGCUCCCGCCGCAAUUGACCAGAUCAAGAACGUUGAUCCCGAACGCUACAAAGAUAUGCACUUCAUCCCUUGUCGGACCCUGGAGGAGUUUUCCAGCAACAUCCCCUCCUUUGCUAACGCAGAAGAGCUGUGGGAUAAUUACAGGAUCUUCAAGGAAAGAUGGUGGGCCGCAACUCUGCAGUCUCCGGAGAUACUCGUUGCUGCAUCACAUGCUUUGAGAUCGGGACAGCUGGGUAUCGAGGCUGAGCGCGUUGUACUGGCUGGUCUUUCCCAGACUGCAGACUUGAUAAGAAAGUUCAUUGUCGAGUCUCGUCAUUUCCGACUUCCUGAUGGAUGUGCUCCAUUUCAGGGAUUCAUGCCAUGCCAAUGCGAUGCCGGCAACCCACUUCCAGACUUGCGUGAUGCAAAGAUUAUUGAGAUUUUAGGUGAAUUCGAGCUCAUCUACAUCAAGGCACUCUACGGCGGGAGUGAAACGCCUCCCCAUCGCCGACCUGAUAGCAGCUCAUUCCGGCUCUAUGAAGUUGCCGGUAUGUCUCAUCGCGAGACUCGAUACCUCUCCAUGGCCGAUAAGAAGCGUUUGUCGGUUGUUGAUCUGGAAGGUGCCCAAUGGAGCACUUUCGCCAAUUCUUUCGUUUACCAUGCUCUCUUCGAUGCUAUGAACAGCUGGAUUACAACCGGUGUUGCUCCUCCGCGAGGUACCACAAUUGAUGUUGACGAAUUCGGGGAGAUCGAGCGAGAUGAGUAUGGAAAUGCGCUUGCUGGAGUCAGAACUGUUCAUACAGACGUGCCUACUGCCAAAAUUAUUGAUGUUACCCCUCAGCCACAUCCACAUUGGCACACUGGCACCGAAGUCCCUUUCAAAGAUGUCAAGCUGUGGGCUGUCUACAAAACGGUAGAAAACUAUCGACGUCAGGCGGGAGAAGCCAUCGAUCGCCAGGUUGAAGCCGGAUUUUUGUUGCCGGAAGACGCUGAGGUCCUGCGUCGCGAUACUAUUGAGCAAGUCUCCUUUUAA